AUGGCCAAUGAAAUCGAAAAGGUCCAGAAAGACGAAGACAAAGAGGAUGAGAAGUUCAUUGAUGUAGUCAUCAACAAGAACAUGAAACUGGGACAGAAGGUUUUGAUCCCUGUAAAACAGUUUCCUAAAUUUAAUUUUGUGGGUAAACUCCUGGGCCCUCGAGGGAACUCAUUAAAGAGACUACAAGAGGACACACUGACCAAGAUGUCCAUCCUCGGAAAGGGAUCCAUGAGAGACAAAGAAAAGGAAGAAGAACUGCGAAAGAGUGGAGAGACAAAGUAUCAUCAUCUUAACGAAGAUCUUCACGUGCUGAUCGAGGUGUUUGCGCCGCCCGCUGAAGCGUAUGCGAGAAUGGGACAUGCUUUGGAGGAGAUCAAGAAAUUCCUCAUUCCGGACUAUAAUGAUGAGAUCAGACAGGCUCAGCUACAGGAGCUGACUUAUCUGAAUGGCGGCUCGGAGGAUGCCAAAGUCCCAGCGGCCAGAGGCAAAAGCAGCACACGGGGCAGAGGAACGUCAACACCGGGACCGCACAGAUGUAGAGGGGGUGUUCCUCCUCCUCAGGCUGCAGUCCCGCGGGGGGUGGCGCCCAGAGGAGCUCCGCCCAGCAGGGUUCCGUCCAGCAGAGUAAGGGGCGUUCCUUCUAAGAGAGCACGAGGAGCUCCGCCCCCACCUGGGUACAGACCUCCCCCUCCAGUGGUGCAGGAUACCUAUGGUGAAUAUGUAAGUAACUGUAACAAACAUUGCUGUAGUGGCCUUUCUUUUUAG